AUGUAUGAACCGGAAGAGAACAGAGCACUUUAUAAGGGACUGCCACUUAGACCUCCACUUCCUACACCUGACGAAACAAGGACUCGCAAGGAAGAAGAUGCAGUAAAGAUGGCAACACUAUAUGGAGGACGAGAAAAAAACGAAAUCAGAUUAGUCAUGGUUGGAAAGACUGGAUCAGGGAAAAGCGCAACCGGAAAUACAAUCAUGGAAAAGGCCAACUAUUUUGAGUCAACAAUAUCAGCAGGGUCAGUCACUCGUUAUUGUGAAAGAGCAGAAUGCAAACAAGCAGAACGUAAGGUUAUUGUUGUAGAUACGCCAGGUUUAUUUGAUACAAAUAUUCCUUCUGAUGAGGUAUCAGAAGAGAUAACAAGAUGUAUAAACAUGUCAAUACCAGGUCCACAUGCGUUUCUCCUUGUGAUGCCGAUAACUAGGUUCACAAGCGAAGAAUUUGAUUCGUUUAAUCGUCUCUUUGAACUCUUUGGUGAUGGGAUGGGAAGAUUUGCAUGCAUUGUUUUUACCAGACUUGAUGACCUAGAAAGAGGCAAAAAGUCAAUUGAAAAAUACAUAGAAACCGCGCCACAACUGAAAAAUUUCAUUCAACGUUGUAAAGGUCGAUAUAUUGCAUUUGAUAAUACAGCACCUGAGAAGAAAAAAAAGGUUCAGGUUAAACAUUUUAUUGAGCUUGUCGAUAAAAUCAUAAAGGAAAACGGGGGAAAUUAUUACACAAAUGAGUUAUAUAGGGAAGCUGAGGCUACCUUACAAAGGAAAGUAAAAGAAUUGGAGGAGGAAAAGGCACAACAAAAAAGGAAAGAGAUUGAACUAAUACAGUCCAAAUUUAAACACGAAAUAGAUUCCAUGAGGGAAGAAAAUAAAAAAUUAUCAGAACAAGUUUCUAGUAAUAAAGAACAUCAGAAACAGGUGCAAAGAGAAAGAGAAAAUGCCGACCAACAAAUUCUUAAAAUGAAAGAAAAAAUAAAAUAAAUCGACAAGAAUCAAGAACAAUACAAAAUUAUGAAACAAGAGAAAGAGGAGAAAGAAAAGCAAGCAAAACACUUAGCAGAAAAGGAUAGACAGUAUAAGGAACUCUUACAGAAAACGGAACAACAAC